UGAAAACUGACACCACCAGUAGACAUCCUUGUUUGAUUAGUUUGCAACACUGUUGCUUUGAAAAACAAGACAUGCAUGCAUAUUAUUCACACGGAAGAGCUGUAAGUUAAGUUGAGCCAAUCAGAAACAAGAAACAGCAUUUCCUCAGACUGUCAGGUUUAACCUUUUAAAACACUGGGACGAGUUAUGAAAGUGGUUGAGCUGACACAAACAAGAUGAAAAAGGUGACAACGGCUGGGCUAAUUUUUAUCACUUUUUCACUUCUUUACGGUUUUGUUGCAACAUUGAACUGCACCAGCCCAACUCCUAAGGCCUUGUUUGAUGCACUUGAGACUGAAUUAUUUCCAAGAAAACUACUUCGACCUGUAGGAAACUUUACAGAUGUCCUGAACGUAUUCAUCGAACUGAUUAUAGUGGGAAUUUUAGGAGUGAAUGAAAAAGACCAGACCUUAACAGUAUUCAUAUGGCAAAUCCUGGAGUGGGAUAUAGAUGGACUGAGCUGGGAUGAGAAGGAAUGUGGAACUACAAGAGUCUCUGUCCCUCGAGAACACCUUUGGGUCCCGGACAUCGUCAUCAACGAGUUCAUGGACGAGGACAAAUCUCCCAAAACCCCAUAUGUCUACUUAUACAACACAGGUCGUGUAUUUGAUGAUAGACCGGUCAGAGUGAUCGCCACCUGCAAAUUAGUCAUCUACACUUUCCCUUUUGAUAUCCAAAACUGCUCGCUGACCUUUGAAUCAUACCUGCACUUUGCUGAAGACAUAAAGAUGAAUCAAAUACAUUCAGCUGCAGAGAUCCUGGAGGAGUCCAGAAAUGUGAUACAGACCAGAGGAGAGUGGGAGCUUGUAGAUAUCAAACAAGCUCAAACAACCCUUGAAAUAACAGAGGGAAGCUACUCCGAGCUCAAAUUCUUUAUCAUUUUGAGACGUAGGCCAAUCCUUUAUGUGGUAAACCUCCUGUUGCCCAGCUGCUUCCUCAUCACAUUGGACCUCUUCAGCUUCCUGCUGCCUCCCCAAAGUGUGGAUCGGUCCUCCUUUAAGAUGACCCUCAUCCUGGGCUACACUGUUUUCCUGCUCAUCAUGAAUGACCUGCUGCCUGUCACUGGAAAUACAACACCUCUAAUAAAUGUUUUAUUCUCAGUGAGUCUGGCUCUGAUGGUGGCCAGUCUGUUGGAGACAGUGUUUAUCACCAACAUCCAGUUCAGCGCCAGCAAGUACAGAAAGGUGCCUCACUGGCUCAGUGUCCUUGUGCUACGAUAUCUUGCUGUUGUUGUUUGUCUCCCUCCAAAAAAGAUGAGCAACCGCAUCACAGUCUCCCUUAACCCACCUGCUAGAGCAAUGAGUCCCGGCAUCAUCUCUUCAGGAGAUCUUCAGAGCGUCUCUGGUGAUAUACCUCAUGAGAAACCCCCUCCGGAUCCACCCCUGGAUGAACUGAGGAAGCUGAGCAGAGAUCUCAUGGCCAUCCGCCUCCAGAUAGACAAACAUGCCCAGGGGAGCAAUACCUCAGAGGAAUGGCAAAUGAUCGGAUUAGUCAUUGACCGUCUGCUUUUUGGCCUGUACAUUGCCAUUAUCUCUUCCCUUUUUAUCACUAUCAUAACCAUCUGGGUCUGGAGUAACGCAGAACUUAGCUGACUUGCUGGAAGAGUUAAAUCAGACAGUUAUGUGGAUCAUCAGCAAAAGUUUGACCAGUUAUCAGCUUACACUAAGAAAGACAAAAUGAAAUCAAUAAUAACAUUUCUUUUUUGUUUUUGUGUUUUUAAUCAGUAGUUCGAGUAGAAGAUUCAGAAUCUGAGUUAUUUGAUGCAGGAAAACAAAAUGAAAUGCAGAAAACAUCCAGUAUGUAUAGAGGGAAUGAUUACAGUAGGCUUAGCUUAUUUUAAUGUUUAUAUUGAUAGCGACUGUUUUUUACAACAGAAUUGAAAAAUGUGAACCUAUCCUUUAACCAGUAUUUAUUAUCUUCAUGAACCUAAGAUCAGUGGUUGAGUCCAAGUUAAAGUUUCUGUAUAAUUAAUUGGAGAUAUUCUGAUAACAGACCCUAUAUUUUAAAAUGUCAUGCCUACACUUCAAGCCCAAAACGCAAAAAAAAAUGUCUUUUUCCUGAAAUCAUGACCCAGUAACUCAAGAUAAUCCACAGACCUUGUUGUGAACAGUUUAAUGUAGGAACUCUUUUCUCUCUACCAAACUACACCUGCCAAAUAUAUCAGAAGGAAGUGUGAAUCUACUCAUGGGUGACAGCAAGAGAUAUAAACAUUAACAAAGUCCUCCUUGUCUGAGCAGUAAUAUUAACUAGCUCAGUGCUAGGUGAUCUAGCAGUAGAUGCACGUUUCCUUCUACGUGGUGAUACAGUUGGCAGGCAUAGUUUGGUUAGAAGAGGAUAGUUCCCACAUGAAACUGCUCACAACAAGGUCUGUGGAUUACCUUGAGUAACCGGUCAUGAGUUUUUCAUAUGUACUUUAUUUCUUGGUGCUUUGAGCACCACAAGCUGAGUGCCAUCUUGUUCCAACACUCAGCAACUUACACCAAAACAAUUUAGACUGAUUAAUAACGCUACAGGUAAGAGGAUGAAUAUAUAUUUUUUAAUUUUGGGGUGAACUGUCCCUUUAAACAAUUGAAGACAGCCAUAACCACAUACCAACAACCAUAUCUACACCAUAAGGUCUUCUAGUCUUUAUGAAUGGACAGUCUCUUAUGUCAAAGCUCAAUUCUACUGUAAUAAUUUUCCUUUUUUUCUGAGAUUUUUAAUCUCUUUCUGCUGCUUUGGGAAAUCUUUUUUUUUUUUUCUCAUCUUUGAACAAUAUGUUCGUGCUUUUUAUUUGUGUGUACGUACAAUGAAAAACUGACAAACUGUAAUGCUGUUUUUGUUUGUAUCUGCUCUAUGAAUGUAUAUUUGUGUCUAUGGGAUCCCAUUGAAAAUGAGAUGCUAUAUCUCAAAGGGAUAUCCUUUCAAUGAAUUCCCAAUAUAUAGAGCACUGGAGAAUGAAACAGAUUGUAACUCCUAUAGGUGGCAGUGUUGAAAAUGAAAUGGUGGAGUUGUUACCAGUGUGGAACAACUUCUGUGUGUGUUUAUUUUAAUGCCAUUUGAUUACAUAUCUUUAUCAAUAAGAUAACAAAUAUCGUAUGUGUAAAAUCUGAAAUGUAAAUUCAAUUUUUUGUUUUAGGUUAAAGAGUUGUCUUUCUGUUACAUUUUCAUAGGUAAUGUGAGAGUAUUAUCUUAGUUUCAUUUUGCUUUCAGCCCAGCCUGAAGCCAAAUUGUCUCUUUGAAUACUUUGUAAGAAAUAAACACUCUUAGGCU